CUCUUGCAUGGAGACGCCGCCGACGCCGCACGCCCGCUCAGUCACACACGAUCGACAACGCCGGUCAGACGCGCGCAACUUCAAAAACACUGUACCAAAAAUGAUAAACGAAAUAUAGUGAAGAUUUUCGACUACUUCGCUUCUUGAAGAAGUCUUUAAAAGUUAAUAGGACUGUGUAAAAAUGAAUGAUUCCGUGGGUGUAUCGAAUGACACUUGGCAGUGGUACCGGGAAGUGAUCAGAUCAUGGCUGGAGGACCCUGGAGUCCAGGCCUUCGAAGGGUUGGACAUGACAGCCCUGAAGAUGGAUCAGGCGUACAUGGUGGGCUCGUCAGAGAUCGAUGUUGGAGUUUAUAGCGUCUCUGAUGAUUGUUUUCGAUGUCCAUUCAAGCUGCAGCAGAACAUAUCGGCUGAUGAGGAGACGGUCUGGGUGACGGGCACAGCUCGACGGUCCACGUGGAGAGUGUACGCCAAUUAUUCAGAACAAUAUGUCACUGCUGGAGAUACUUCAGGACUACUGUGUCAGCUUAGGCCGGAGAUGGGUGAGUUCGGGGUCUACAGGCUGAACGCUUCCUCCGAAGGCUGCGACAUCCGGACCGUUAGAGAUCCAGUCGACAUUUACUUACCGUUACUGCUGCUGCUAGGCAUCUUAUUGGGAAUAUGGAUCCUGUACGGCAUCAUAAAGCUGGUCAUGUCACGAGUGAGAAGAACUGGCAAGCUGAGGUACGGAGACAAGGAACUGGCGAUACAGCAGAGGUUACGAGCACUGGACACUUUCAGAGGAAUGGCAAUAGUCUUCAUGAUCUUCGUAAAUGAUGGUGCUGGAGGCUACUGGUGGUUGGAGCACGCCACAUGGAAUGGCCUUGUAGCUGGCGACCUGGUCUUCCCUGCCUUCCUGUGGAUCAUGGGCGUCUGCAUCCCUCUAUCUGUGAAGAGUGCUUUCGCCAAAGGUGUGCCCAGAUGGAAAAUUGUUAUGCACAUAGUCAGGCGAUCCAUCAUUAUGUUCAUUCUUGGCAUGUCUCUGAACACUAUCUACGGCUCCAACAUGCUGUAUGAGCUGCGCAUCUUCGGGGUCCUGCAGCGGCUGGCAGUGUCCUACCUCAUCGCUGCUGGAUUCUACGCCCUCACCGCUCCCAAAUACUACACACCUCCGCGGGGUGCAUGUGGCCAGGCGCUAAAGGAUGUACUGUCAUGUGUAUGGUGCUGGGUGCUAGCUGGUAUUCUCGUGGCUGCUCAUAGUGUCAUCACCUUCGUGGUGCAUGAUCCUGACUGUCCCAUGGGUUAUUUGGGGCCUGGAGGUCUACAUGACGAUUGGGUGGCUGCUAACUGCAGUGGCGGUGCAGCUGGGUACAUCGACCGUCUCCUACUAGGCCGGUCACACGUCUUCCAGCGUAGUGACGCAAUGCGCGUCUAUGGAGGAGAACCUACUGAUCCUGAGGGCCUUUUAGGAUGCCUAACAUCGGCCGUGCAAGCACUAUUGGGUAUACAAGCGGGUGCCACCGUGCUCCUACAGCGAUCACACAAGGCUCGCAUCUCUCGCUGGCUGGCUUGGGCUUUAGUGUUCGCGUUGGCAGGGGCUCUACUCGCUGGAUUCUCGAGAGAACAUGGAGUUAUACCUAUUAAUAAGAAUCUUUGGUCCAUGUCAUUCGUCCUCGUAACAUCAGCUUGCUGCCUCAUACUCCUCUGUUUCUGCUACACUCUGACCGAUGCCUGGAGGUUUUGGGGAGGCGGUCCCUUCAGGGCACCAGGUCUCAACGCUAUAGCGCUAUACGUCGGCCAUUCGCUCUGCGCUCAUCUGUUCCCAUUCCACUGGAAAAUUCCAGAAAUGAGGACCCACGCAAUAAGUCUGGUUGAAGCCGUUUGGGGAACAGCUUUAUGGGUCAUCAUAGCCCAUAUAAUGGCCAAGAAAAAAGUCUUCGUCACACUUUGAAACCGUAUUGCAGACAUUUCACUUGGAAUUGAUUUAAUAUAAGUUUUAUUUUUUAAUUGUAAAUCUGAUCAUAGCAUUUCAUUCGAUCUAUCAUAGAUGUCGCUGUUACAUGAAAUAUUUUUUCGUUAACAAGAUUCUAUAUACGAAAUCUUUUUGUUGAGAUUCUAUUGUAAUAAUUCACGAUUUGAAACCUUAUAUUUUAAGUAUUAAGUUUAGUUUUAAGUGUAGAUAUUUAAACCAAGACUGAGCGAUAGAAAAACCAUAGGUGCUCCCAUAGUUCUCAAUGUAAUCUUUUGGUUUUUACAUAAUUAUAAUAAUAAAUGUAUUUUAUUGCUAAUAUAAAAUCUAGUCUUAAUUGUGUAUCUGGAGAUUUUUGUAUGGAUUUGUAUGCAGGAGCGUUAUAAUUAAGCUUUGUAAGAAAAAUAAAGGAUUUAACAGUU